GUAACAUUCAAAAGAUACUACAUAUGUACCUAUCAUAUAUAGUAUCAACAAUUUUCGUCGCUUUUUUAAGACAAAAAAACCCAAUGUCAUUCAAAGGCAUGGCAUGUCCUCUAGGACAUCAUGCUUUAAAAUCUCCUGGUGUUCUCAUAACAAAUCCACGCCAUAUUAGUUUCGUAAAGAAAAUUUUUCCAGAUUUUCGUAGUGCCGAAAAAGUAUGCAAGGAUUGCAGGAAUCAUAUGGAAUACAUGUACAACGUAAAGUAUCAAAGGGCGCUGCAGCUGAAGAAUUCCAAAUCGCUGUCAGAUGUUUCAUCGCCUUCAGCAUCGAAAGAGAGCACUGGAGAUGAUUCCCUGCUGAGUCUAAUAGAUGGCCUACCUUCAGUUACAAUUCAACAGGUUCAACAUGCGUCCUCUUUCUCCACUGAGGAUAGUAAUGAACCAACUACAAGCCAUCAAGCGACAGCAAAACGUAAAAGAAGGGACCAUCGGGAAACAAAUGAUGAUGAAAAUACAAAAGGCAUUAACGUUAUGAGAGGCCUACGUCUGCCGCAUAUACAACCUGCACCUAGACGUCGGCAGGUGGUGUAUCUCAAUCCAGACAUUAUGGAUAUAUAUCUAAGUGACAUAAGAGGCGGAUAAAAAUUUGUUUCCAUUAAAUUAUGUAUAUCGAACAAAUUUGCAUGCAAAUUUAUAAGUUGGUCAGCAUUUAGCUACAACCAUGUACCUGGAAUAAAACAAAUGCUUGC